AUGCAAAACGUUUCUUUCUCGUUUUACCUGUUUUACAAUUACCGAUCAUUUUCUCUUACAAAAGAAACAAAUUUAUAAAAUAAUGCAAUUCGCCUCAUUUCUAUGCGCGUUAUCGAGAACACUUAAAACAGUUUGUUUUUUAAAUUCCAUAAAAAAAGUAGUUUUCACACGUCGAAGUGAGUAAACGAAUGAAUCGGAUGAACUGAAAACGUUUGAAUUUUCAUGCGCCUCGAAUUUUAUCGUGUUCAUUAUUUUAUUUACAAUUUAUCAAGCUAAUCGAUUGUAAAAAAUGUUUUUCAGUUAAAAUUUUAAAUAAAAUUCUCAAUCGCCUGGGUUUAUUGUCGAAGUAAAUCGAUCACGAAUUCGAGUAAAGAGGAGAGAAUUUCUUCAUUUUCAUAUCGAGUGAUUGACUUAGCAUUUAUAAAUAUUUCGUGCGAGCCUCCGAGGGCAAACGAUAAGAGUCGUCUCGUUCAGUCGGUCGUUGCUUUCGGAAGAUAAAACACCAAAAAUGAUGAGCGUCCGUACAAUAACACGUGCCUUUGGCUUGGAGAGUAAGCGAAAAAACGUAAAACUUUUUCAACGAAAAUGUGUCAAAAAUAGUGAAAAUGUUUACUGGAAAAUUGAAUAAUUUAUCAAAACAAUAUUUAUUGGGUGAAGGUAAACGAAACUUUGCAAAUAUUGGUUUCGUUGGACUUGGCAACAUGGGCAGCAAAAUGGCACGCAAUAUGUUAAAAAAGGGUUACAAAAUCACUGUUUACGACGUGAACAAAAGUGCUGUCUCGAGUUUGGUCGAGGCUGGUGCAAACGGUGCUCCAAAUCUCAGCGCUAUUUCCGACGAGUCCGAUAUUAUUGUUUCGAUGCUGCCAUCCAAUCAACACGUUCUCGACUGUUACGUCAGUCAAAAUGGAAUUCUCAGCGGAGUGAAAAAGAACGCGUUACUAAUCGACUGCAGCACGAUCAACCCUUCAGUUUCUCAACAAGUUGCAGCUGAAGCUGCUGAGAAACGAGUGAAUUUCGUCGAUGCACCAGUUUCCGGAGGAGUCAACGCCGCCGCUGCUGGAACUCUGACCUUUAUGGUUGGGGGCACGGAAACGAACUUUGAUCGGGCGAAACCAAUUCUCGAGUGCAUGGGCUCGAGAAUUUUUCACUGUGGUGAAGUUGGAUUGGGCCAAGCUGCCAAGCUGUGCAACAAUAUGCUGCUCGCUAUAAGCAUGAUUGGGACUGCCGAAGCAUUCAAUUUGGGCUCUAAACUUGGCCUCGACCCGAAAGUCUUGGCCAGCAUCAUAAAUUCGAGCUCAGGAAGAUGUUGGUCCUCGGAACAAUACAAUCCUGUUCCAGGGAUACUCGAAAACGUGCCCAGCUCGAACAGCUACAAGGGAGGCUUCGGUGCUGCACUCAUGACCAAAGACCUUGGACUGGCUCAAGAAGCUGCCGGAAUCGCUGGAGCACCUAUUCCUUUGGGGUCAUUAGCUCAUCAAUUGUAUAAAACUCUUUUAGCUUCUGGCUUCACCGACAAAGAUUUUAGUGUCAUUUAUCAAUUCCUGAAGGGCAAUAAUUAAUGUAUUUUUAUACUUUUUAAUAAAACAAAUUUUUUUUUUAAU